AUGAAGUUGGCUAUUGCAAGACGACCAAAUGGAGCGAGGAAACUCGACCGAGUUUCUCAGAGCCCUUGGGGAAAUUCUGCAACUGAGUCCGGCGCAAGUAAGAGAGUAGCCACAAGCCCGCCGCAGUUGCCUGAUGAAAGACUCAAAAAACCAAGGCAAGAGGCGACGUCGACCGAUGACAUCAUGUGGUCGGAGGUCGCCAAUAAGAGGAGAAACAAGGAGAAAUCAGCUAAGAAGCCAACGAAACACCCACAGGAGGAAGAAAAGGAGCCGAGCAAAUCGGAAGACAGGCCGAGAAAAAGAACGAGGCCGGGCGCGAUCCUCCUGAAACCUGCGAAUGGAAAAUCAUACGUAGACGUAGUCGGAGAUAUUCACCAGUGCUUUAAGACGACCGCCGCACGGGUAGAUGCUAGAUCGGUCCGGCAGACUAGAACCGGCGGAGUUCUCCUCGAACUCAAAAGGACCAUUGCGGAUAUCAGGGCCUCAUUAGCUGAAACCCUGAGGAAAGUAGUAGGAGAAACGAGCAGCAUCACGGAACUAGUUCCUAGAGCUACGCUCGAGAUACGGGACUGCGAUUGUUGCACAUUUGUGGUGGAAGUCAAGGAGGCCCUAAAGAGGACCCUGCCAGACUACGCGGGAAAAUUAGAGGUGAAAUCGACGAACCCCAACGCGAGACAACAACACCUAGCCCUCGUCAGACUAAAAGAGGAAGCAGCUGGGAAGCUUUUAAAGGCCGGCAGAGUGCUGGUCGGUUUCGUCAGCUGCAGGGUUAGGCGAAGAACGGAAGUGAGUCGAUGCUACCGCUGUCUGGACUACGGUCACUAUAGCGCCUCGAGAAAGUGCCCUGAUAGCAGCAAGUAUUGUCAUUUCUGCGAUAGCACAGGUCACAAGAUCAAAGACUGCAAAGUCAGCGAGCCUACGUGUUUCUUGUGCUCCAAUAGCGAGGAUGAUCCUAAGAAGCACCUUGCGGGAUCAAAGGCCUGUAAAGCUUUCCAGGAGGCGCAUGCAACAGCCAACAAGAGGAAGACAAGCGAACAGUACCGGGACAGAGCAGGAAUAGGAUGGUACGCAGACGAAUUGGGCACCGCGGGCAUCUGGAUCCCAGAUCCCCGACAAAUUCAUGUGUCGGAUCAAGGAUCCGGACGCGGUUACGUUUGGGUGAGACAUAAAUCGGCGACAUAUGUGAGCGUAUACCUCACCCCGAACGACCGGAUAGACGACUUCCAGACCAAAUUAGACGAUCUGGAAGACGCACUGAGGGAAAGGCAAGGGGAUCUCAUCGUGGCAGGUGACCUCAACGCCAAAGCACUCGAAUGGGAGAGACGAGGCUUGACAUCAACCUUCGAUUGGCCUGGCUACAGAGAAACAAUUCCGGACGUCUCUCUAGCCAAUGAACAACUGGUGGCAAGAGUCGCAGGCUGGCAGGUAAAUGAGGAUUAUACCGGGAGCGACCAUCAGUACAUCCUCUUCGAUAUACACGAUAGGAGGCCAGCCGUGACAACUCCACUGGCCAAAGACGAAAAAAAGUGGCAAAGGCGUCCUGCAUACUGGUGGACAAACGAGAUCGCAGAUCUACGUAAGAAGUGCUUAAGUCUCCGCCGUGUAGCUCAACGAGCGAAGAGACGCGACCUCGACGCUGCUCCCUUGGCUGCAGAGUAUCAGGCAGCCAAAAAAAGCUCUCAAGAGGGCCAUCAAGGCAAGGAAACGUCGGUGCUGGAAGGAGCUGUUCUUGGAAAUCGAUCAAAAUUCGUGAGGAUUAUGGUUUCAGAUCGUCACAACCGAAGAGAGAGAUUAGCACGGCAGCUCCUGGCAUGA